CUUUUACAUCUGCCUAAUUUAAGACUAUCCACUUUUGAUUUCUUCUUAUCUAUUCCCUCUCCAGAAUGUCUAAAACAACUGCAAGAAGGCACAUUCUGGAGAAGAACACAGCUCCAAAAGAAAAGGAGAAGACAACUUUGUCUAAACACCUGAAAAAAAUCUACCCCAUUGGACUUCAGAGAAGCACUUCAUCAUUAUCUUCUUUGUCCUCUUUAUCAUUGUCUUUGUCUCAGAACUCCAAUGACUCCUUUCUCACAGACUCUAGUUCACCACUGGAGCAGAAGAUUUCAUUGGCCCUCCGCUUGAUUUCACAGCCUGAAAGGAGAGAAGUAACCGUGGCGAAAAAUGUUCAGCAACACCAACAUCAAACUCAGGAUGCUACUGAUGGGGAAUUGAGGAGGUGUAACUGGAUUACUAAGAACAGUGAUAAAGUUUAUGUUGCUUUUCAUGAUGAAUCCUGGGGAGUUCCAGUUUAUGAUGACAAUCAACUGUUCGAGCUACUUGCAUUGUGUGGUAUGUUGAUGGAUUACAACUGGACUGAAAUCUUGAAAAGAAAAGAAUUAUUCAGGCAAGCUUUCGCGGGAUUUGAUCCGAAGGUUGUUGCCAAAAUGGGGGAGAAAGAGAUCUUAGAGAUAUCAUCAGACAAAGCAAUAAUGUUGGCAGAGAGCAGAGUGAGGUGCAUACUAGACAAUGCUAAAUGCAUAAUGAAAAUUGUGAAUGAAUUUGGUUCCUUCAGUAGCUUUAUGUGGGGUUAUGUAAGUUACAAACCAGUGAUUAACAAAUACAGAUACCCCAGAAAUGUUCCCUUGAGGACACCAAAAGCUGAAGUCAUCAGCAAGGAUUUACUGAAGAGGGGAUUCCGAUUUGUUGGACCAGUGAUAGUUUAUUCAUUCAUGCAGGCAGCAGGGCUGACAAUCGACCAUCUAGUCGAUUGUUUUAGGUACAGUGAAUGCGUAAGCCUUGCAGAAAGACCUUGGAGGCAUAUUUAAUAACAUCAACAUAUGUGUGCAGAAUGCUAACCCCUUGGAAUUUUCUCACAAGAUGUUAUGUAUUUGUAAAUGCAUUUUCUAUAUGCAUGCUUGAAAUGGAGUAGGAAGAGACUUGGAUUGCUGAUCAUGGAUUGCUUUUUUAUCCCAUUUGUGGGCAAAAAAUGGCUUCACUUGCCCAUUGUUGUAACUUUAUUAUUUAUGAAAAUGCUGCAUUUGGCGA